AAGGGAAAAGGAGUGUUGCCUAGACGUAAAGAGAUUUACAUUGAUACCCGCACUCGUAAAGAUGGAACAAUUGUCAAUGAAAAGGCUGCAAGAUUGAUUGAAGAACUAAAAAAACAUAAUAAUGAGGCUGGAACUUCUCAAUCAACCCAAGACACACAAGGUUCUAUGUCUUGGAAGGAUGACAUAUUUUAUCAAGUACAAGGACCUGAUAAAAACGGACGUGUGCGAUGUAUGGGCAAGAUUCCUCAUUCUAAAAAAUCGAAGGUUUGUGCAUCUGAAAAUGAAGAGUUGCGCGAAAGAGUUAAGAAUAUGGAAAACUUGUUAGCAAAUGUGAUGACUUUAAUUCAAAAUCGAUUUUCUGGAGCAGAUGUUAAUGAUAUAAUACAAGCUGCAAGACAGGUUCCUGAUGCUACUAGUGCUCAAAACCAUUUGAAUUCACUUAGUCCAAACAACAACGAAAAUAAUGAAAAUGGUGAAGAUUAAAAGCUAAUUUGUUGUUGAAGAUGGAAUAUUGGCAAUUUAGUGGAGUCAAUUUCUUAAUAUUUUUUGAGAUUGUUAUGUAUGACACAAGAUGUCUAUUUUAAAUGUCUAUUUUUUGAGGUUUAGGAUUUUGUUUUAUCGUUGUAAGACUUUUAUGUUAAUUUUUAAUAUAUACAAUGAACACUUUUUAUUU